AAUUAACUUGUUCGAAAAGUACUCUCCACUAAUGAAAAAGUGGACACUCAAAGAAGCGGACAAACAAAAUGGAGUUUCUCAUCAUCAUCGUAUUUCUCUUCUUGUUCCCUAUCUUCAUCUUCUUCAUCUUCCCAAGGCAAUCUUCGUCUGAAUUCGGUUUCAAGUCGUACCCGAUCGUCGGAAGCAUACCUGGAUUGGUGAAAAACCGUCACCGUUUCCUCGACUGGACGGUAGAGAUUCUGUCCCGAUGCCCAACCCAGACGGCGACUUUCCGGCGUCCAGGGAAGCAACAAUUCGUCAUGACGGCGAAUCCAGCGAACGUCGAGUUCAUGCUCAAGACGAAAUUCGAGAGUUUCCCUAAAGGCGAGCGGUUCAUCUCGAUCCUGGAGGAUUUUCUCGGCCGCGGUAUUUUCAACUCCGACGGCGUGAUGUGGUGGAAGCAGAGGAAGACGGCGAGCUACGAAUUCAGUACUAGGUCACUCCGUGACUUCGUUAUGACCAACGUCACCGUCGAAAUCAACACCAGGCUUGUUCCGGUGUUAGCAGGAGCCUCGACCGCCGGAAAAUUGAUAGACCUUCAAGAUAUACUUGAGCGGUUCACGUUCGAUAACAUCUGCCAAUUAGCCUUCAACGUCGAUUCCGCUUGCCUCGGCGAAGACGGAGCCACCGGUGUAGAGUUCAUGCGCGCCUUCGAUACGGCGGCGGCGAUCAUCGCGGGACGGUUUCAGUCCGCGAUCUCAUAUUCGUGGAAGAUUAAGAAGAAGCUCGACAUUGGAUCAGAGAGACUUCUGAGAGAAUCGAUCGUUACCGUCCAUAAGUUCGCCGACGACAUCGUACGUAACAGGGUUGGUCAAGAAAGAUCCGAGAACAAGAACGAGGAUUUGCUUUCUCGGUUUAUCAGCAUCGAGGAGAUGAACUCGCCGGAGUUACUCCGUGACAUUGUCAUAAGCUUCAUACUCGCGGGACGAGACACAACAUCCUCUGCUUUGAGCUGGUUCUUCUGGUUACUCUCUAUGCAUCCUGAGGUGGAAAACAAAAUCAUCCAAGAGCUGAAAUCGAUCCGAGCACGAACAGGGAAGCGAAUCGGGGAAGGUUACGGGUUCGAGGAUCUUAAACUGAUGAACUAUCUGCACGCGGCGACAACGGAAUCUCUGAGAUUGUAUCCGCCUGUGCCGGUGGACACAAUGAGUUGUGUUGAGGACAGUGUUUUGCCUGAUGGGACAUUUGUAGGAAAAGCUUGGGGAAUAAGCUAUAGUGCGUACGCUAUGGGGAGGAUGGAGAGUGUUUGGGGUGAGAACUGUGAAAAGUUUGAUCCAGAGAGGUGGAUUGAUGAAACGGAUGGUGGAUUCAGAGGUGAGAAUCCUUAUAAGUUUCCUGUGUUUCAUGCGGGACCAAGGAUGUGUAUAGGGAGAGAGAUGGCUUAUAUUCAGAUGAAAUCGAUAGUCGCUGCGGUGCUGGAGAGGUUUGUGGUUGAGGUUCCAGGGAAGAUGGAGCGUCCUGAGAUUCUCUUGUCUAUGACACUUAGGAUCAGAGGAGGGUUGUUUGCGAGGGUACACGAAAGAACCUGAGUAACUUGUUGGACAAGUUAACUUUGGCUCACUCUUCUCGUGACUGUAUAUAUUAUGUCUUUCGCUGCUAUAUCAUCCUCUCAUCUAAUAUAUUAGAAUAAUGGAUCAAGACUUGUGGGAAUCAAUAUCAAAUCUGAGUUUUCAACAUUUGCUUAACCGAAACAGAGGACCAUGCCACUUGGAGAGUCAGAUGUUCUCUAUGGGGAUCUAUGAUCACUUAUGACUACUUGUAAAGGGGAAUAAGAUAGCUUCGUUCAAAGCUUUUGGGAUCUAAAAAAGGUGUUCUUGGACUACAUACAAGCAUAGCAGAGGAUUUGGAGGGUAUUUUCGCAUUUUCUGUAAUGAGUUUAUGCAAUAGAAAGCUUGUGUGGACCGAAGAAGACUCUUUUAUUUUUCAAGUUGCCUUAUCCAAAUCACACCAAAACUGUAAACUUUCUCAACCUCUCAAAGAAAAAGAAAAAAAAUCUUGUUUUGUAUAAAAGAAAAGAGCAAAGCUUUUGUAUUCCGACAAUAAAAAUGGCGACCGCGUCUGUCAUACCGACAUCUAAAAUCUUCUCUAAAUGCCCAGUUUCGAUUAGAGCAAGAACUAGCGUAACUGUUGCAUCCUCGCAGCAACAACAACCAAGAAGGAGAGAGUUACUGCUGAAAUCGGCGGUGGCGAUUCCGGCGAUUCUGCAAUUGAAGGAAGCUCCGAUCUCGGAGGCGCGUGAGGUGGAAGUCGGUUCGUACUUACCACCUUCUCCGUCUGACCCUUCCUUCGUCCUCUUCAAAGCUAAACCUUCCGAUACUCCUGCUCUCCGCGCAGUUUUCUUUUGUUUAUCAUCAUCAUCAUCAUCAUGCCUGGUUGCAGGAAAUGUGCAGCCGUAUCAGUUUGUUCUACCGCCGAAUUGGAAACAGCUGCGAAUAGCCAACAUUUUGUCAGGUAAUUACUGCCAACCGAAAUGCGCAGAGCCAUGGAUCGAAGUCAAGUUUGAGAAUGAGAAGCAAGGCAAGGUUCAAGUUGUUGCAUCUCCUUUGAUCCGCUUAACCAACAAACCGAACGCAACCAUUGAAGAUCUCGGUGACCCCGAGAAAGUCAUUGCUUCUCUCGGUCCCUUUGUCACCGGAAACUCCUACGACUCUGAUGAACUUUUGAAGACUUCAGUCGAAAAGAUUGGAGAUCAAACGUACUAUAAGUACGUGUUGGAGACGCCGUUUGCGCUAACGGGAAGCCACAAUCUUGCGAAAGCGACAGCAAAGGGAAACACGGUGGUUCUGUUCGUUGUGAGUGCUACGGAUAAGCAAUGGCAGAGCUCACAGAAGACUCUUGAAGCCAUUCUUGAUUCUUUUCAGCUUUAAAGCUAAGUUCUUUGGUAUGACUCUGGACUAUAGAAUCUAAUGAGCAAACGGUUUGUGUGUAAUACAAUUUUAAUUCGGAUUCUUUUUUCAACUCUGUAAAUUCGAGUUGACUCGGAUUAACCUUCAUCCUCAUGUCUCUGCUCAAAUCGUUCAAACAUGAGAUAUUGAAUAGACAGACCUGUUGGUGUAAUUUUUUCAGCUUAUCAAAGAUCAAAAGAAUCAAGAUAU